AUAAAUACGUAGACACACAAAACAUGUCUCAAUUUCUCCCUCUCUCUCUAAAACUCUCUCUACUCUCUCUCUAGCUUCGUGUUCAUCGUCCGAGUCCCCCAUGGCCGCUCUGCAAUACCUAGAUUCUCUACGCAAUGCCCAUCCAGAGCUAUCUGAUUGGUACAAUACCUUAGCAGAUCUGUACCAAAAGAAGCUAUGGCACCAGCUCACUCUCAAGCUCGAACAGUUCGUCGCUCUCGCUGUUUUCCAGGCUGGUGAUGCUCUUAUACAGUUUUAUCAUAAUUUCAUCACGGACUUUGAGACUAAGAUCAAUCUUCUCAAGCUUGCGCAUUUUGCUGUCAUAGUUUCUCGACAGUAUGCAGAGAAAGAAGCUGCCAUUAGUUAUCUUGAAGGGGUGAUUGAAAAGCUUCGAGCUACUAAAGAGAUGCGCAUAGAGGAGCCGAUCCUUUAUAUUAAGAUGCAAAUAGCUAUCUUCGAGCUUGAUAAAGGGAACCAAAAAGAGAGCAAGAAACUUCUAGAAGAUGGGAAGAGUACGCUUGACAGCAUGACUGAUAUUGAUCCAACUGUAUAUGCAAACUACUAUUGGGUUUCAUCUCAAUAUCAUAAAUCUCGCCAGGAAUUUGCUGAAUUCUACAAAAGUGCUCUUCUUUAUUUGGCAUACACAUCAGUAGAAUCUCUAUCAGAAUCAUUUAAGCUGGAUUUGGCAUUUGAUUUAUCACUCUCUGCUUUGCUUGGAGAAAACAUUUACAACUUUGGGGAACUGCUUGCACAUCCAAUUGUAAAGAGUCUUCUGGGCACAAAGGUUGAGUGGCUCUACUACAUUCUUGAAGCAUUCAACUGUGGUGAUUUAGUUCGUUAUCAAGAAUUAUGUCGUGUGCAUGGAACUGCUCUGAGUGCUCAACCAGCACUAGUGGAGAAUGAGAAAAAGCUUCUCGAAAAGAUUAAUAUUCUCUGCCUGAUGGAAAUCAUCUUCAGUCGACCAUCUGAAGAUAGAACUAUACCUUUAAGUACUAUUGCAGAGCGCACAAAGCUUACUGUAGAAGACGUGGAAUAUCUGCUAAUGAAGAGUCUUUCAGUUCAUCUUAUCGAGGGGAUAAUUGAUCAAGUUGAGGGAACAGUUCACGUUUCAUGGGUGCAACCCAGAGUUUUGGGGAUUCCCCAAGUCAAAUCUUUGCGUGAUCGCCUGGACAAUUGGAUGGACAAAGUACACACUGCUUUGUUAUCUGUUGAAGCAGAAACACCCGAUUUAGUGGCAUCGUGAUCUUUGUUCCUGGACUUCCUCCCUAUCCUCUGUAACAAUCUCUUAUUGCCCAGAGAGAAACAGCUAGGUGCGGCAAAGAUACGAAAAGAAGAGUGUUAGUUGCUUGGGCAAAGUUUGUAAGCUUCAUAUCGUAUUUUGUCUAAUCCCACAUUUUUGGAAGGAGCAGCCUCUUCUUCUUGUACUUCAGCUUUUGAACUGUCUUUCUUAUGGUGGCAUGCCAAGAGACGUCGUGCGUCGAUUAGAAAAAAUGGCUGUCUUUUUAUUCAAGAAUGUUAAUCAAACUAUGUACUGUUUUUUUUUUUCCCCGGAGUUACAAUCACAUAUGAUCCACUGUUCAGUGGACAAGUGCAUUUCUAUUUGCA